CUCUUUGAGUUUGCGGCUCCGCGGACUUCUCAGUUCAUUAAGGACGCGAUCAAGGAGAGCGAGGAGCAGAAUACCAAAUAAUGGAUCGCAAGACGCGGAAGACCAACUUCCAAAAGCUGCAGCAGGCUUCUGGCAAACUUCGAUCAACGCGCAGCACAAAUGCUACCUUAAGUUUGUCCAACUUCUUCGCAACACCCGAGGAUGCUGAUGAGGAGGGCAAUGCACCAGGGGAGAAGGCUCCUUCUCCGCUUCCCAUGGAGAUUGAUGUUCCCUCCCCCAAAAUCAAACCAAUUCGCGCCAGCAACGUUUUUGAGAAGCCCGGUCCUAAGCCCAAGAAGGCGCCCAAGCUCAAGGGGAGUGCCUCGGGAAGCACUCGCAAGGGAAGCAGUCGCGGGAAAAAGCAACCCAGCAUUAGCAACUUCCUUCGAAAUGAAAAGAUUUUUGCAGAGGUAACAGCUCAGCAUUGCAUGGCGGACAACUUUAGCCCGGACGACAUCGAGAUGGCGCUGGCGCUGUCCAAGUCUGAAGCUGAGAAGCAUGGAUGCCUACGGCUAAACGAAGAGGAGGAAGCAGUGGUGGACCUCGUUGACGGAAACUCGGAAGCUUCCACUGAGAAUAUACGCCAGAAGCUCCAGAAAUACGGGUUUCGCACAGCAGCCAAAGAAGAUUACAAAUCCCUGGACGUCCUUCCUGUGGUUGCCACCAAGGGAAGCAAGCGUAGCCGGUGGGCCAAUAAAUUCACUGCCCUUACUCUCCGAAAUCCCGAUGUUCAGCAGAAGAAGUUGGAAGGCAACGUAUCCGCUUUUCUGGCGCAGCAAGUACGAACCAGGGAUCUAAGUGAAAAAGAGCUUUUGAUCCCGCCCUACGAGUUAAUAAGCUCAUCCCUCCUCAACUUGAAACCCCACCCCAACUCGCAUAUCCUUCACGAGCCCAACGAAGAUGCCAUAGCUGAUAUGGGGUUAUACUAUGUAACCGGUUUAAUGGAAGUUAGUUAUACGCCGGCUAAUCAUCUGCUUAAAAAUUGGAAUGCAAUACAGGGAAGGGACUUGUCCCCAGAACGUGAGACUUUAAAAAAUCGCCAACUUAAGAAGCAAUUUGAUUUAGUUUACACUGAACUGGAAGAUCAUUUUGAGGUUCAGUUAAAACUAGAGCAGCAAGUGGGCAGUGAGCUGGACGAACUGGAAAAGUUAGUCGCUGAGAACAUGAUCGAAGAGGACUCUAAAGUGGAGGACAUCACAGUCAUGGAUGCGUCUUCGACCAGCAGCAGUCCUUUGAAAGAGCCGCCAGAUAAGCGACCAAAAAUAGUCCAAGAGGAUAAGGAGAAUCUCGAACCGGAAACUUCCUCCUGCGCUGGAGCUUCCACCCAAAUUACACGGUGCACUUCUCCCGAUCUCUUCGCCGAUUCAGAUGAGGAGCCUACUGCUCCAACUUUUUCAAAUAAAUCUCAGAAUUUUGAAGACAUUUGUGGUGGAGACCCACCCAUUUUGGAACCCACAUCCCUGUCCACUGAACCCCCGGAUGUUCAAGAUUUUUCUCUAAAAGUUUACAAGAACGUAAGCGAAAGUGAACUCUCGCCUUCGGUGAAGGAAUUAGAAGAAGCUUCACAAAUAACCACCUACGAAAUAUUUUCCAGUUCCAGUGAUGAAGUAAAGACUGUUUCCGAUGUUACACAGGAGAAAAAUACUGCUGAAGAUGAAGGGACCAUCGAUUAUGCCGCUUUUCUAAAUCAAUCUUUAGAUGAUUUAAACGAUUUAAGCAAAAACCUGAAUGGGGAUAUUACGGAACCAAAAGACAGUCCAAGAGACUUUGAGGAAGAUCCCAUUUUAACUGUGGAAUCAAUAGACAACAAUGAAUUCUGUCCCAUUUCGCAGGAAGUGUACAUGAAGUAUGCGCAAAUGGAUAAGCAGGCUUCUUUUGUGGAAGAUAAGGAGGACAGAGAUGAUAUUUUCUUGGAUUUGGAGGGCGACUUCCAUAACUCAGAUAACUUAUCACAGCUAAUAGAUAAAGUCCAUUCCAAUUCAAACCACACGCAAGAAAGUGGCAGCUUCAGUGAGUUGAAUUUUUCGAGAAAUUCGUUGCAAAGGAGUUUUAGCUUUUCUAACGACCAGAGCUUCAAGAGUCCGCUAAACUGGAAAAUAAACUCACAAGCGGAGAAGCGAGAAUUACCAGCUCCCUCGCCAUACAAAUUUUCGGAUACUAGCAUUGAUUUGACCCUAAACAGCGAUGAUGACAACGAGGCGAUCUUACUUUCCGAUGAGGAAAUCAAUUACUCCAUUUGGAAGGCCAAUAAGUCGAUCAAAAUGCAGGAUUUCAAUGAAGAAAGUUCUGACAGCAGCUUCUCUUCGCCUGUCACUAAAAAGAGGGAACUUCCGCACUUUCAAACUGAGGAAGAUCUGGAUGCCUUCCUAGAGGAUUUUCCGGAGGCUGAGAAGAGAUCGCAAAGUUCACGAUCGCCAAACAAGAGCGCUUUGAGCAAGGAGCGUGCUGAGUUUGGUAUCCUUGAUGCAGCUCAAUCUCAGCCUUUUACUCUUUCGCAAAUUCUAAGCUCCUCCAAGCAGGAAUCGCCAACUUACAACGACAUUAACUGGUCAGAGGCCUCGUUCUUGGAUGCACCAGUGAAGCCUUUAGCCCGAAAGAGCAGUCAAUUUAAGGAUCUUUUGGGGAAAGUUACUUUCUCCGAAAGUCAGUCAGACAACGACUUUGACGAAUUUGAUCAGCUCGUUUUCCAAAAGCCAAAGGAUCCAAUAGAUUCCAUGCCCAAUGGACUAGAUAGUUUGCUUACGGGUGAGAUAAAAUUACCAGACCUGCCGGGGACACCAAAGAAGGACUCCCUAAAUGUGCCAGAUCAACUGGAGGUUGAUGGAAAUGUGUACACCGUGCAGGUUUGUCAGACGCCCAAGCCAGAUUUCGCGUCCCUUCCAGAGGCUCAGAUCCUGCAGCAACUAUACAACUAUGGCAUCAAGCCCCUGAAGCGCAAACAGGCCAUCAAAAUGCUAGAGUUCAUAUACAACCAAACUCAUCCAAUAAUGCAGGCUACCAUUCCAGAAGACCAUCAUCCACCCAAGCGCACGCCUUUGGUUCGGUCUAGAUCUUCCCCAGUGAUAAAGGAUACACCUAAAUCCUCUACUGAUUUCAUUAAAUCAACCAAUGAAGACUGCCUAACUCCUACUGAGCCCCGGAGGGACAUCAAAUUUAACGAUGCCACUGGUGAGGAACUCCUGCGCUUUUCGCAAUCCUUGCCGCCCAGUCUCUGCGAUGAUUUUGAGUUUUAUGUUUUGCAAACGAAUGUCUCCAAGAAGACUCAGCAGCCGCUGGUGCCACUGCACAUUGCGUGGCACAAUCUUCUCUGCGCCAACCCCCGCCUGCACGAGAGUGUCCUCAUGUACGAACCCAUUGAUCUGCAGGAGGUUUAUUUGCACCUCAAGCAGAUCGGCCACCGCUUCGAUCCCAAGGACCUAAAGAGCUUCUUUGACCGCCGCUGCAUAAUAUUUCGUUACGACCUGGCUGCUCCGGGCAAACAAGCAGAACGCCAUGUUCGGAAGCACCCAAAAAAAGCGUCCAAAAAAACAUAAUUUCCAUUUCUUUCCAUAAAAAUGCACUUAUUUCCUUUGUAUUUAUGUAAAAUUUAAAUCGAAUGCGUUAUACAUAUUAUAUUAGUUUAUAUAGGUUGGAUUGUUAUAUAGCUUAUUGCGCUUGAAAAUUAUUAUUAUUGAUAUUUAGAUUUGUAAUUAAGGGAUAGAAAAUAUAUUCUACAAUUAAUACUAAAGAAACAAAGAUUGUUUUUAAAUUUUUGAAUUCAAAAAACGGUUAGGGUUACAAGCAAGCUAGAAACAGAGCACGUACGCUUUGCAACACUGCCUAAUCUAUACCUGUGACAUUUGCCAGUACUACGCAUUCAUUCCUAUUUAAAAAUAUUUCGUAUUUGUUUUUUCGGCGCGUUCUGUUAUAUGUAAUAAUGGACGGGACUCAAAAUCCCUGGCAAGACAUGAAACCUUGUGAACGCAUGUCCUAUUUGUUAAAAUCGGGCCAUCUUUCAGACUGCAGCUUCGCUUUAUUCGAGGAGGAUGGCUCAAAAGUGGUAGUAAAAUGCCACAAAUUUGUCUUAAUGAGCGCCUCUCCUGUCUUCGAGCGCAUGUUCGAAGGAGAUUUCGACGAGGCUCGUCUUUCGGAAAACAUUGUACUGGAUGACGUCUCUGCUCCGGAUUUCCGAAAGUUUAUCGAAUACGUGUACUGGAACGACAAUGACCUGCUACAAAAGAUCUCCCUGGAGACAACUCGAUCCUUAGUUUAUCUCAGCAAGAAGUUUAUGGUGACCUCUAUGACGAGCGCUUGUAUGGAUUCCUUGAGGCUACGAUUGGCCGACUUGAAACCGGAUGAGGUUAUUGAUAUGUAUGAGUAUGCCCACCAACUAGGGGAUCUUAUCCUUAUUAGCAGCGUUCAGACUCUCUUCAUUACGAAUCCUCAUAAAUAUAUUGACAGACAAGAGGUCUUUGACUUGUCGAAUGAAGUUUUUCUAAAAUUUAUCAAGUUCUAUCAAGGUUUUGUUACCGAGAAGGUAAGAUUCUGCCUCAUCGAACGCUAUUGCCAAAUGAAGGGCAUGAUCAAACCAUCCCUGAAAAUCUUCAAACAAUUUAAAAUCAAAACUGACAACGAAAACGGAAACGAGGACGAGAAUUCGCCUAAGAAAAAGAAAGAAGAUAGUAGGAACUCUAGCAUUGAAGAAGAUAUCGAAUACGUAUCUGAUAUACUGACCAAACGGUUAUCCAUUAGCAAGGAAAAUAAUAAUACGACUGCCGACAACCAAGUUACCUCGGCUUCCAGCCAACAAGAAGAGAGUAAAAAAAUUAAAAACAAAAAGAAUCUGGAGUAUAUCCAAAAACUGUUGGAAACCAUUAAGUUUACGUCAAUGUCUGCCAUCGAAUUUUGUUCCGGACCCGGCAUGUCCAAUUUGAUGACUGACACCCAGAAAUAUGACAUUUUGUCGCGCAUCUGUUUAACGAACGAUUUUUCACCAAAACCGAAGCAAUCCCACCACUCUCGUAACAGUCACAGCUUCAGAUUUUAUUAGAACUUUACUUAAUUUUUUUUGUGUUAAAUAUCUUUGUUUCUUAAAUUCGGGGUUAUAAAUUUGAGCUUUAUUCAAAAUUGUUAAAAAGGAAAAAUAUAAUUUAAAUCGAAACGAAUACAAAUGUA